AUGUCCCCCACUAUCUCCAACACCACUUCCACAUCUACUCUCGCUGCUGACACUGAGCAGCAGCAGCAGCAGCACCCCAAGGAGACCGCCUCCAUUCCCGCCUCCGUCCCUGUUCAGACCACUUCCGCUACCACUACUGAGCCUACUGAGGCCGCCACCGCCAUGGCUGAGAAAGUGAAUGAGGAGGAGGAUGCUAAGGACGCCAAGGAGGCUGAAGAGGGUGGCGAGAAGGAUGCCACCACUCAGUAA